GACCACCACCACCACCACCACCACCACCAUCUCAGUCUCAGAGGAAACAACCAUCUCACUAGAGGAAAGGAAACCAAAAACCAAAAAACCAAAAAAUGAUAACCUCAAACCACAAGAAACUUGUCAAUGGAUGCUAUCCAAUCGCAGUCAAGAACAAGAACCUAUCCUCAAUCUCACCCGACCCAAACUCACUCAGCAAACUGAUCUACUACUGCUCAACCAGGCCACACAAGAUCCAAAAGAUCACCACCUAUCUGAUCUCAUAUGCUCAAUCUCAAGCACUGCCAUCCUCAUUCACCAGCUCAUUCUCAGUCUACCGUCACUCCAAACCAGGCCUCAUCUGCACCAUCAAGAUCUUCAAUGCCCUCCUCGGAAACCCAACCAUCAACCUCAGAAUCCUAGGACCACACCUCUCAACCAUCAUCGCCAUCGGCCUCGGUCUCUUCAACCAAUCCUUCUCAUCCUCACCACUAGUACAAACACCAUCAACAACAACAACAACAACAACAACAACAACUCAGACAAGCUCAACUACUGAUUCCGGCUACUUCGGAUCUGAUUGGGUCUCUCAAGAUUUGGAUAUCACAAGGGCUACCAUCGACCUCUUCUCGACCUAUGCACAGUCGAUCAGACCAGAUUGCUUACAGGAUGAACAACUCGCUCGCAAUUAUCUCUUCUUCCUCGCCAAGUUCUCCUCUGUCGCCAUCCUCUGUCCACCCACCUCGUCCCUCAUCCAAUCUCACACUACCGAUCAUCAAUCCACCAUCACACCCAAGCCUGCUAGAUGUAUGGCCCUCAUGGCUCUCGAAAGUACCGUCAAAGCACCCGGCUUGUACUCUAGUCCCUACUUCGAGAGACAGCUUCGAAUGAUCCUCCCUGGCUUGAUGUCUUCUAUCAUCCCAAGCCCACACCGUCCGCCAGACGAACUAAUCACCCUCAUACAUCAGGCCUGUCUAGACUGCUCUGAUCAGACACCACGCUCACCAACAGAGAAGAAUCAACUGGUCCAAGAGAUCAGCGACUUCCGAUCCAUCAUCACUCCUGUAUCACCACCGGAGACCUCCAAAUCAACGGAAAUCGAUCUGAUCAAGUUCUCGAUCAAGAGCUUGACAUUCUUACUGAGCGUCCAAUUAACCAACUUGAACCAAUUCGAACGAUGUGUGAAUGAGAUGCUGAACCAAAUUGAAUCGACCAUCUCGACAAUUGGCUCGAGGGCGUACUAUGAUUGGUUUGGUAAAUCAUUGUUGCACUGGGCGAUGGCUAAGUAUCGAUCGAGUGUCAUCGACCUGGUUGUUGAUCGACUGACUUUGAUUGAUUCGAAGCAGCAGAAGUCAAAGUCAAAAUCAACAACAACAGCCACACUAUCCCAUGAACUUCACUUACAAAAGAUGAUCAUCAUGGCUGGGAUGUUGAAUGCUAUGAUUACCGAUCCACUCGCUAGUUCGAUCCAGUUACUCAACACUCUCAAUAUCUUACACCAGCUCUUACGCUUGAUUCAGUCGAUCCUUGAACUCAAUCAACCCACUCAAGACUCUCAAAGAUUGCGGGACCUGUUGGUGGAAUUGAUUGGCUCCUUGGCUCGCACGGUUUAUUAUGAUGAACAGAUCAAUGAUAUGUGCAAGGAUAUCUUGGGCAAUAUCAAACUCAUCGUCCAACCCAAACCCUCAGAGAGUACUCAAGAUGGCCCCUGCUCGAGUUUUGAACCUGCAUUCGUGGUGGCUCUGUUUGACUCUCUCGAGCGGAUCAUCGUCAAUACGAACACGCAUUCAUCUACUAAUCCUUCAUCUCGAUCAGAACAUCUCCCAGUGGGAUUAUCUCUGUGGAAAGACAGUCUAUCGAUCCUAGCUGACUUACAAGAUCCUCAAUGUCGACUGGCAUCCUUUAGAGCCCUGCUCAGCUUCCUCAAGUAUGAAGCUUUCCAUCCACUCCAAACUUCUAAACCAGGCGCCGAUCAGCAUCUUCUUCAGUUCCUUAGCGCCUUUAACGUCUGUCUCUUUCGCGAGUUCAUGUCCAAUUCUUCAAUCAACUCAGCAACAAACUCCCUUCCCUUUCCUGAUCAAACCGUUCAUUCCAACACAACUUCAUCAUCCGAAGUUGAUCACAAGAUUGCUCCUUCUGAACCUCCCCAUGGGACGCUCCAAUCAGGCCCCAAAGCGACCAACAUAACCGUCGUCAACGGCGGGAGCAACUCAAGAAGUACUGAGCCUGGCUUGUAUGAAUGCUUGCUUGAAAUCCUCGGCCAUCAAGAAUAUCUCAUCCUCUCAGUCUGUCUACCCAUGUUACGCGAAAUGGACCAGGUGAUGAUGAUGUCCGUGACAUUGGAAUCCAGAAGGGAAAACUCAGGCAAUCAGUCUAUCCCGGAAACGGCGGUUGAUAAUCAUCGACCUCUUUCGCCAUCAGGUGGAGGUCAUCCACUCAUCAAGCACAAAGAUUUCGUCCUGGAUUGCCUGAUGAUGAUCGCUAAAGUUUGGCAACUCGAUGAGCUCUCAACCACGCUUGGUAAAAGUUCUUCUUCAUAUGAAGAUGAUCAACCGGAUCAGACUCCUAAUAUCCAAGAUGGGGACCGAAUCACGCGUCAGAUCGACUGGGAUUCUCUGGUCAAAGCGGUCUGUAACUCUCCACUCGUCCAGCAAAAGUCGGGCUUGGAUCGGGCGACUCUAGAGGCCCACUUCCUGUCCCAUCAGUGGUCGUUAAUUGAGGCGCGCACAGUUGCUGGUUGGAUGGUAGGUACGGCAACUCGUCGAGGAUCGAUGGCCAGUAAUUCGGCCUCGAACCGAGUCCACCAUCGGCAACGAGUGGGCUCUGCAGUGGGAGUUAAUAAUGAGACGGGGAUCAUCCGAGCUCGACUGGCUUCGUCGGGACAACAAUCGAUCCGGAAGGGGUAUCUGUCGAACUUGCUCAACCGCUCGCCCAACGGGAGUCUGUCGACGAUCCUCCAAUCGCCCUCGGUCUCCGACCUCAGAAACUCGCUCCUGGGCACCGGCUUCUUCCAUCCCAAUCCCGCCGGCCUCAACGGCCCCUCCUCCAUCAGCGGCCGCUCCUCCCUCCUCCUCAAUCAUCACACCGAGCUCGCCCAUUCCGCAGUGCUUAAUAAUCACUCUACCGGCGACUUGGCCCGCUAUAUUUUGGCUUCCAAUCCUUCUACUACUCAUACUAAUACGACUACUACUAGUAGUAGGACUAAUGCUGAUUCUACUCUUGCUAUGAACCAGAGAAGCUUCUUUAAUCCGUUGACCGAUCUGACUACCCGUCGUACAACAAGUAAUACUACCGAUCCAUCGAGUCCUACUUCUCACACUCAUCAACAACCAUCGGGUAGAUCUUUACAUCAGGAGCAGCGCGGCGUAAGCAAACAGAAAAACCCGGUCUCGCUGGCGCGCAGACAAACGCUCACCGCCGAGGUCCUUGCCAAGGUUCGCUCGAAAACCUCGGCCGAUCAUCAUCGAUAUCCUUCUUCUGCCUCUGGAUCGCCCAAUCUUUUCGUCGGCCGGCCUCCGUCCAAUAAUGGAGACGAGGGCGGGGAUUACGUGCAGUUCAUUCGCAAGCGUAGUCAGAUGAAGCCUUUCAUUGAUCAGCAGCAGCAGAAGACCUUGGACCAACCGGGCCACUCUCCUCUUCUCUCCUCUUCCUCUAACGGCAUGAUACCUUCUAAGACUGGUGUUGGUGCCGAUGGCUCGGGGUCUUCUCUUGGCGUCCGGCUCCCUUCGGCAGCCCGGUCUCCUUUGGGCCCUUCUUCCGUCACUAAUGAUCCUCCUCAUGGUGACCAUACUGCGGCAAAAGUUGGCCCAGACUCCGCUCUCAAUCGUCCCUCGAACGCCUUCGUUUCUCCCCCGUACAUCGAUCCUUGAUCGGUCUCCUUCCUUUCUCCCUCCCCCUUUUUUCGGUCCUGCUUCACCUUUUUUCUGAUAGGUUCUUUGUUUUUUGGUAGUGGUGGUUAUGCUCAUCUUUGUUAGAGUUUAGAGAGUCCAGUGGUUCCUUCUUUUUUUUUUUUGGUGAUCAAUCUUCUUCUUUUUCUCUUGUGGGGUCUUUUUUUUGAUGAUGAUGUAUGUUGUAGAUGUAGAUGUGUAGUCUCAUCAUUUGACUUUUUUUUUGUUCUUUGUUGUGGGUCAUUAAGAUAGAUCGCUAGAAAAGAACAACAACAACAACAUGGGUGGGCUUGGCCUGCUUUUGAGGG